AUGGGAGAGGUUCAGCAGAUGAUCAGGCCAGCUUGUUUGGCUGAACCUGAUCUGAGAGGCAGAGAUGAGCAGCUGGAGCCACAGAACCAGUGGUGGUCAUGUGAUGAUGAUGAUGAUGAUGGUAGUGAUGCUCUUCCUCAGGAUGAGCUCCUGCGGCGCCUGGUGAAGGAGCGUGGAGCCAGCAGCUGGUCCUCGGUGGCGCUGUCCUUCAGGGGUCAUAGGUCAGAGGUGCAGUGUCAGAGACGCUGGCAGCAGAUCAAGAACCCAGAGCUGGUCAAAGGCCCAUGGACCCAGGAGGAGGACCGGCGGGUCAUGGAGCUGGUCCAGAAGUACGGCGUGAAGCGCUGGUCGCUCAUCGCCAAACAUCUGCACACUCGCAACGGGAAGCAGUGUCGAGAGCGCUGGCACAACCACCUGAACCCGGCGGUGAAGAAGAGCAGCUGGACGGCCGAGGAGGACCGGGUGGUGUGCCAGGCCCACAGGUUGCUAGGCAACCGCUGGGCUGACAUCUCCAAGCUGCUACCUGGCAGAACAGACAACUCCAUAAAGAAUCACUGGAACUCCACCUUGAAGCGGAAGGUGGAGAAGGAAGGUUACCUGCACUUCCUGCAGCUGCACGGCUCAAGCUCCGCCCCCAGACCUGGGACUAGGAACCACACGUCCCGCAGAGCCCAGACGAAGGCCGACAGUCUGUCCACCAUCAAAGACGAGUCCAGCUUCUCCUCCAAUCAGAGCAGCUGCAGACCUCAUGGAAGCUCCGCCCACCUGUGUUCCACCUGGGCUCCCGCUUCCUGCUCAGGCUGCAAGCAGGGCGCGUCCACCGAGCUGAUGGAGAUGAAGUCCUGCUCGUCCCAGAACCUGGAGGCUUGGAGCUACCAGGAAAUGACAUCACACCCGUCUCCAGAGGCGGCGCUGCUCAGAGAGGACUCGCCGUCCGUCAUCGACCUGAGCAGGAGCUACGUUCCAGGUGUUAAGGAGCAGCUGAUGAAGACGGAUGAAGGAGCGUCCUUCAUGGACUCAUCCUCGUCCUGGGAGAGGAGCAGCAUGAUGGAGGCGGCAGUCUUCUCCCCAGCUGAGGUCUUCAGCCUGAGUGCUGCAGAGGAGCUGAGCUUCCAGCGCCCGCCGCUCACCUCCACGCCGCUCUGCUCCCUCAAACACCAGAACGUCUGCUGCGUCCACUGCAGCCUCGGCUCCAGGACGGAGCAGAUCAGAGCGCUGUUCCCCUCGGCUCCGGAGACGCCCACGCCGCUCAAGGUGCCCGACUGCCAGGACGAGGUGGCAGCCUGCUCCAGGCUGAUGAUGAACCUGACAGGAGGAGAGAGGAGCAGUGACCCUGACAGCCAGCAGUCCAGCUGCAGCUCUGAGGUGCACGGGGAGAGCCUACUGAGCUCCAUCCUACAGAGUCCGAACGGGACCGGCUCGGCCUCACAGGUCCAAGUCGGUUCCGGUUCGGGCCAGCAGAAGGUCCAGGGCCCGUCCGGUUCGGCGGUUCCGUCUCAGGCCCGCUUCGUCCCGACCUGCGACGAGUUCGAAUGCUUCCCGCUGGACGAGCAGCUGGAGGUGUGGUGGGCCCAGCAGCACGCUCCCAACCAGGGCUCGCCCGAGUGUCCGGCCAACAGAACCAACCCGUUCGAGGUGAGCGGCGAACUGCAGGUGGUGAUGUUCGGGAGAACCGAGGACCAGGCCAGUCUGACCCAACAGGCCCGCCACUAUGUGGCGCCGUGACCAGAACCAGGUCCAGACCCGGUCGCACCACGCGGUGAGCAUCCAUGUGGGAACCAACCAGAACCUUCAGAGUUCUGGACGCUUCACCUCUGGCAGAACGGAGAAGAACCGCAGGUGACCUUCGCCUCGAGGGAUGAAGAUGACUCCUCCUCCUCCUCACCUCGUGGUCCAGGCAGCCAAUCAGAAGAGAGGAUUUCUUGUCGUUUCCUGCUACCUCAUCAGUUCUCUCUGAUGUUUUAUUUCUUUGUUUGGGGAUUUUUUUUUCUUUUCUUGUGUUACCCGACCAGGAGACGAGUUCCUGGUCGGUUCUGAUCGUCGGACCGGGUCACCGCCUGGCCUUUAGAUCCGUUUUUUAUCUCUGGACGUUUAUUCAGUUUCUUUCUUUCUUGGAACGUCGCUGUGAUCCCGGGGGAAGUGCUGCUCAUGGACCGGAUCGGAACCGACCCACUUCAGGGACUUUUCUUUAUUUCUGACGGCACUUUAUCUUUAAGCUUUGCACUUUGGAUCGGAACCGAUCGAAGCAGAAUCUUGAAUCAGACAAGAUUAUUCACAAUUUGAUGAUUUACAUGAUUAAAUCUUUAUUUGUAUGUUUAGAACACAUGGAGAACUUUGUUUAGGACAAAACCAGUACAGAUGAAGUUCUGUGUGAAAGUCCAGUUUCUAUCGGACCCGACCGGACCUGGGUCUGGCUGUGACUCUGAUGAUUUCUUGUGAGAAUAAAGGACCAGAUGGAAACACUC